GUGUGCGGUGUAAUCGGUGACGUAUGAGUAGACUAGACUCUUUACUGUAUUCGUUGGGUCAGCACUGCAGAGAUUAGCUUGCUACACAGACAGGGAUUCCUAAACCCGAAUCAUGCACAUCGUCAUUACAACUAAAUGGGAGUGGAGCAGAAAUUGUGCAAGAUAUGGAUAGAUUCCGUUGGUCCUAUAAAUAUUGCGCGGUCGUUGCUUCGAUUCAAGUUUCCACAAAGUCCCCCAUUCCAUUAUAAUGCUUCUCGAGGAAUCGGCUCUUUGGAACCAUCGUGGUGUGCUGAUUUCCUCACGUGUGUUUUCUGUUAAAAGUGGCGAGGCUGGGAUAAACACUGGGACAUUUGCAAACAAAAAAAGGCAUUAGCGCGGGUACAUUUGUUUCGUUUUUUUUUUUUUGACUUGCUGUGAUUUCUGAAGUCGAGGAGGAAGGUGUAACGUUAGAUAGUUGUAGUAAAACCAAGCUGAAACAUGGGGAACGCAGGGAGUAUGGACCAGCAAACUGAUUUCAGGGGGCAUAACAUGCCUCUGAAGCUGCCUAUGCCGGAGCCAGGCGAAUUGGAGGAGAGAUUCGCAAUCGUUUUGAACUCUAUGAACCUUCCUCCAGACAAAGCGCGACUAUUGCGGCAGUACGACAACGAGAAGAAGUGGGAACUUAUCUGUGAUCAGGAACGAUUCCAAGUGAAGAACCCCCCCCACACAUACAUCCAGAAGCUGAGGGGCUUUCUGGACCCGGCUGCCACCAGGAAGAAAUUCAGACGGAGGGUGCAGGAGUCCACCCAGGUCCUGAGAGAACUGGAAAUUUCAUUAAGGACCAAUCACAUAGGGUGGGUGAGAGAGUUCUUAAACGAAGAAAACAAAGGCCUGGACGUACUGGUGGAGUAUCUGUCUUUUGCGCAGUACGCUGUCACGUUUGAUGGCGACAGCGUGGAGAACAACCCGGAGAAGUCGGUGGACAAGCCCUGGAGCAGAUCCAUAGAGGACCUGCAUGGGGGGAGUAACCUCCCGUCCCCCGUCAGCGGGAACAGCAUUACCCGCGCCGGGCGACACGCCACUCUACGUUACCUCCUGACACAGGCUGACAAGUCAAGUUGCAACGCGUUGCCGAGCCGGAGAACUCUGAAGAACUCCCGGCUGGUCUGUAAGAAGGACGACGUUCACGUUUGCAUCAUGUGCCUGCGAGCCAUCAUGAACUACCAGUACGGCUUCAACAUGGUGAUGUCCCACCCGCACGCUGUGAAUGAAAUUGCACUAAGUCUGAACAAUAAGAAUCCCAGAACCAAAGCUCUGGUGUUGGAGCUGCUGGCCGCCGUGUGUCUCGUGAGGGGGGGACACGAAAUCAUUCUCUCUGCGUUCGACAACUUCAAGGAGGUGUGUGCUGAGACGCAGCGGUUCGAGAGGCUGAUGGAACACUUCAAGGACAUGGACAACAACAUCGACUUUAUGGUGGCGUGUAUGCAGUUCAUCAACAUCGUGGUCCACUCGGUAGAGGACAUGAACUUCCGGGUUCACCUGCAGUACGACUUCACCAAGCUCUGUCUGGACACCUACCUGGAUAAGCUGAAGCACACGGAGAGUGACAAGCUGUCGGUGCAGAUCCAGGCCUACCUGGACAACGUGUUUGACGUGGGCGCCUUGCUGGAGGACGCCGAGACCAAGAACGCCGCGCUGGAGCGCGUGGAGGAGCUGGAGGAGAACAUGUCACAUAUGACGGAGAAGCUGCAGGACACAGAGAACGAGGCCAUGUCCAAGAUCGUGGAGCUGGAGAAACAGCUGAUGACGCGCAACAAGGAGCUCGACUCGAUCCGGGAGGUGUACAAGGACGCCAACUCACAGGUGCACACGCUGCGGCGGAUGGUGAAGGAGAAGGACGAGGCCAUCCAGAGGCAGUGCAACCUGGAGAAGAAGAUCCACGAGCUGGAGAAGCAGGGCACCAUGACGAUCCAGAAGAAGGGCGACGGGGACAACCUGCCCUCGCCGCCCGCCCCCGGGGGCCCGCUGGUGGCUGGCGUGCCAGGGGUCUAUAACGGGGGCACGGUCAGCCCGAUGGGGUCGAACGAGGUCCCGGGGAUGCCCGCGCCGCCCCCUCCUCCUCCCCCACCGCCCCCCCCGCCCCCUCCUCCCCCGCCUCCCCCGGCCCCAUGGAGGUGUCUGCUCCCCUGCCCCCGCCUCCACCCCCAUGGCCCCCCACUCCCGGGCUGUGGAUCCCCCACCGUCAUCUUCAAUUCAGGGUUAGCAGCCGUGAAGAUUAAAAAGCCCAUCAAGACCAAGUUCCGUUUGCCCGUGUUCAACUGGGUGGCGCUGAAGCCCAACCAAAUCAACGGCACUGUGUUCAACGAGAUCGACGACGAGAGGAUACUGGAGGACCUGAACGUGGAUGAGUUUGAGGAGAUGUUCAAGACGAAAGCCCAGGGCCCGGCCAUCGAUUUGAUCAUGAGCAAGACCAAGGUCAUCCAGAAGGGGCCCAACAAGGUGGCACUGCUGGACGCCAACCGGGCCAAGAACAUGGCCAUCACCCUGAGGAAAGUGGGAAAGGCCCCUGAGGAGAUCUGCAAGGCCAUCCAGCUGUUUGACCUGCGCACCCUGUCGGUGGACUACGUGGAGUGUCUGAUGCGCUUCCUGCCCACGGAGAGCGAGGUGAAGAUCAUGCGUCAGUACGAGAAGGAGAGGAAGCCCGUGGAGGCCCUGACGGACGAGGACCGCUUCAUGAUGCACUUCAGCAAGAUCGAGCGGCUCAUGCAGAAGAUGACCAUCAUGGCCUUCAUUGGCAACUUCUGCGAGAGCGUGCAGAUGCUGACGCCGCAACUCCAUGCGGUCAUCGCAGCAUCUGUGUCAAUAAAGUCCUCGCAGAAACUCAAGAAAAUUCUCGAGAUCAUCUUGGCGCUCGGAAACUACAUGAACAGCAGCAAACGGGGAGCAGUAUACGGUUUCAAGCUACAGAGUUUAGAUUUGCUACUGGACACCAAGUCGACAGACCGGAAAAUGACUCUGCUGCACUACAUAGCCAACGUGGUGAAGGAGAAGUACCAGCAGGUCAAUCUGUUCUACAACGAACUGCAUUACGUAGAGAAGGCCGCAGCAGUGUCGUUAGAGAACGUUCUGCUGGAUGUGAAGGAGCUCCAGCGGGGAAUGGACCUGACCAAGAGAGAGUACAGCAUGCACGGUCACAACACCAUGCUCAAAGACUUCAUCACACACAACGAGGGCAAGCUGAAAAAGCUGCAGGACGAAGCCAAGAUCGCGCUGGACGCCUUCGACGAGGCCGUCAAAUUCUUCGGCGAGAAUUCCAAAACGACGCCCCCGUCCGUGUUCUUCCCGGUGUUUGUGCGCUUCGUCAAGGCCUACAGGCAAGCGGAGGAGGACAACGAGCAAAGGAAGAGAGCAGAGCUGAUGAUGAUGGAGAAGCUUCUGGAGCAGGAGGCCAUGCUGGACCAGGAGGACCAGAAGUCUCCGUCCCAUAAGAACACCCGGGGCAGGAGUCAGCAGCAGGAGGUGAUAGCUGAGCUGAGGAAGAAGCAGGUGAAGGAUACGGGCAGCCGCCACGUCUACGAGGGAAAGGACGGAGCCAUCGAGGACAUCAUCACGGUGCUGAAGACAGUGCCCUUUACCGCCCGCACAGCCAAACGGGGCUCUCGGUUCUUCUGCGAGCCCGCUCGCAAUGAGGAGAACCAUUACUAAAGCUUAGAACUCUCUCUCUGAAAGGUCGCUGUAAAUACUGUGUUGUCCUUCUUCUUCGUCUCUCUCUUUCUCCGUACUCUCACAGCGUGUUGUGUUCCCUCUCACUCUGUGUUAUCCCUGUCAGUCGUGUGUGUGCGCGCGCGUGUGUGGUGUGGUGUGUCGGCGUCACCACCUCCGCCCCUUCUAGCAGGGGGAGGAAGCGGUUUGUGGGAGGAGUCUCCGAUGUCCCCUCCGUUACCCUGCAUGAAGCGAGUCAUCCCCGUUAUUCAACCUCAUCCAUUUGUGUCACCAACCAUAGCAAACCAUAAUGUCACAGCUAUUGACAUUUGCCCUGAGGAGAGUGAGAUGGGUAGAUGGGUAAGAAAUCUACCACGUCUCACUCUAUACAGUACAAGGAAUACAGCAGCGUUACAGAGUACAUAUCAAUGGGACAGUAAGUGCCCUCUGCUGUUAAAAAGGAGGAAGUGCGUCCUAGACCGAAACGGAUCUCACUGGCCAUCAUCCAAGAAGUUUACACUCCUACAUGUUAUGCUGACUAGUAUUAGUGCUAGUAGUUCUACUAUAUAGUAAAACUUGUGCUUCAGUAUAUAUCAUAUACUAGUCAGUAUUGUAAUCAGCAUAGCAGAGUAUUUUUUUGCCUAUAAUUAUAUAGUAAUUCAUCAAUUGUCAGUGUUGAUGUAUUGAUAGCCUUGACUUAUUUUAAAAUGGCUGUGGCAUUAUA